CACACACGAAGAAAGGCUGCUGGGAAAAUUGGGGCCUUCACAGCAUUCUGAGGCUUCAGCUUGGAUCAAUAGGUUAGGGGGUUGCUGAAUGCAUCAAGCGCAGAGUGGCACGGGUCCGGAGCAAGCAGGAGAAGUGGCGUCCUCCUUUUUGCUUUCUUAACCUGGGCCUGGAGACCACCCGAAUAUGAGCCAUCAUGUUCCGCGUCACGUUCAAUGUGGUGACGGAGAAAGUUACCUUCACCUUGGAAGCCUGCCCCUCCAUCACGUGGAAGGAUCAGAGCCAGGGCACAAGGAACAUUUGAAAUAAGCAGUCCCUGGGGACAGAAUUCCAUUGCCACUCUUCUUCCAUUGGAUGGGCAACCAGAUAGCCAUUGAACCCUCUCAGGGGGAAGGAUGCUCCCUACCAUCACCAGUGCCAUGCAGAGCACAGGCAAGGCAGUGCAGACUACUGGAGAGCUAAAUUCACACAACAGAUGUGAAAACAAUAACCCCAAAAGAUGCACAACUGAAGAAAGGCUUUGGUUUGGAGAGGAUGAAGAAGACAAGGUUUUGGAUGUGAGCUACAACUCCCUAUAUCCUCAUGCUUAUGCUGAUAACAUGACAACGUUUCAGAAUGGCUGUGGAAAUGGCGCUUCUGUUACCUGUAUAGUGAUGGAUAAUAAAGAAUCGAUGAACAAUGCUACCUCAUUAUGUCACAAUGGGGGAUGUGACACAAGCAGCAGCUGUGAAAUUGAGGGCCAGGAUGAUAAAGCCAGCCCUUCCAAAAUCAUGCGCUUUUUCUCCACUCCUCGGAAAAGAUCCAGCUCCAAUGUGGAAAGGCCUCGGUCUCUGAUUGUUAUGGGGAACUCCUCAACAUGGAAUGCUUUGUCUUCCAUUAGAAAAAUGGGAUCUUUCAAGAAGUUGAAAUCCUCAGUUCUCCAAGGAAUUCCAGCCAAGGAAGACUUGGACAACUUAAACAACAGCACACCGGAGAACAAUAUUAGAAAGCAUGUCCAAAACAGUACAGUGGUGAGAGUUCAGACCAACAGGUAUUCUUAUUCAGGGCCCUUACAUGACUUGCAUAGCACAACAGACAAUGCUUUAGUUUCUGAUAAUUCUGACGGAGAGGAAAGCGAUGAUUCCUUCCUGAGGAACACUCGUCGGUCACGCAGCAUCAGGCGUGCCUAUGGGAUUGGUCGUAUAAAUUUAUUAGACACUGAUAAAAUUCAGGGUCAUCAGGACAGUACUAGGACAAUAUCCCCUGUCAUCCAGGAAUCCCAGAUUUGUGAAAUUGUAGUGAAAGGUUCUGAAAACAGCAAAGUCACCUACAGGAGGAGCAAGAGCACAGAUAACCUGAACUUCCUGAAAAAGAGUUCAUUCAAAAGGAAGUCGACCUCAAACCUCACCGACCUCAAAGCUGUAAAUGAUCAGCAAACUCCACAGAGGACAACAAGCACUUCUUCAGCCGACUCAGACAAAGCCAACAGGAACUCAGAGCGAAGAUCAAAACGCUGGAAGAGCCCAAUUAGAGCUAAGGAUUUUGACAGAGUUUUGAAACUUGUCAGCAACGUCGCUGAUGUUGCAUUGAAGAAAGACAGUCCUAAGAGUGGAAUUCCCUCUUCUAGUGAACAGAACCAAAGGACGAGACCAAAUAGUAGACUACAUGAUGAUUAUUCACGUAGGGUUUCUAGUAGCACUGAAAAUGACCGGCGGAGGUGUCUACCUCCCAGCUGUAGUCCAGACUUAACGGUUUCCAGAUCUAGUGUCCAGAGUUCUGAGGAUGACAAUUCUGGGAUGAAUAUAUUAACCCCUGAUGCUGGUGACUAUAGGAUAUCAUCUUGUGACCUUACAGAUUCCCUUUGUUCACCAUCUUCACUUAAAGACAUUGGACCAAUUCCUAAUGAAGUAUUUCAUGAAGACUCUGAUGGGCCAAAAUGUUCCAGCCAGUUUACAUGUACCUCUGAGCAGCCCAUCAUUCCUGCUAGGCCCGUUGUACCCAAACCUCAGAGCCCUAGUACUGAAAACAUCAAGUGCAAUACAGAUUUCCAUUGUCCAGACCGGCACAGCACUUUGUCACUCAGCUCAAUGGAAAGUGAAGAAAGAGGGGAGGGACCUUCUGCCAAGACAGGGAAGAGCCCUGUUUCCUUCCAGGAGUCUGUGCAAGCUGUGUACUAUGAUGAUAUGAAUGAAGACAGUGGCAUCAGCAGCCACUCUCAGCUGAGUCUCAAUUUAGCUCCAGGUGCUGACGAAAAGAAGGAAGAGGUUGUUACUGAUGAUCACUGGAAGAAGCCCCCACUCCAAGAUGAAGAAAGAACAGAUGCUCAAAAGGUCAUGCCCAGAAGAUGGGGCUCUGGAAAAAGAUCCCGGCCUCGACCCCUCUCAGAUUAUGGCCAGUUGGCAAUUAGGAGUUCCUCAAUACCAGAAGAUUCCGUUGCUGUGGAGUCACAGGAAGUGGACUGUGCGGAUGAUGACGAUGAGCCCAGAUCACCUUCUGUUGAACCAGGAGCCUGCACAGUAGCCAACCAAAGAGGUCGCAAGAGGAGACCCAUCUCUGUCAUUGGUGGGCUCAGUUUCUAUGGGAACAACCAAACAGAAGAAAUAACAGAUCUCCUUACACAACCGGUUGCACGUCCUCCAGUACCAGCACAUCAGGUUCCUCCGUACAAAGCUGUCUCUGCUAGAUUCCGUCCCUUCACCUUUUCUCAAAGCACACCUAUCGGCCUGGACAGAGUUGGAUGUAAGCGGCAAAUGAGAACAUCCAAUGUUGCUGCAGAUGGUGGUACUGAAUCUUCUGCCUUAGUGGAUGACAAUGGGAGCGAGGAGGAUUACAGCUAUGAGGAACUCUGCCAAGCCAGCCCUAGGUACUUGCAGCCCGGAGGGGAGCAGCUUGCCAUUAACGAGUUGAUAAGCGAUGGGAGCAUGGUCUGUGCAGAGGCACUCUGGGAUCACGUGACCAUGGAUGAUCAGGAGUUAGCCUUCAAAGCUGGUGAAGUCAUCCAAGUCCUUGAAGCGUCCAACAAGGAUUGGUGGUGGGGAAGAAAUGAGGACAAGGAAGCCUGGUUUCCAGCUAGCUUUGUCAGGCUUCGGGUCAAUCAGGAAGAACUUGCAGAGAACUGUGGUGGUCUCCAAGAUGAAGAACCAAAUGCAGACCCUGAAAAGCACCGCCAAAAAAUGGCUGAAAACAAGGAUCAGAUGAGAACAAAUGUGAUUCAGGAAAUAAUGAAUACAGAGCGGAUCUAUAUCAAACACCUCAAGGACAUCUGUGAGGGGUACAUUCGGCAGUGUCGUAAACAUACAGGAAUGUUCACUGCAGCCCAACUAAACACCAUAUUUGGAAAUAUUGAAGACAUAUACAAAUUCCAAAGGAAGUUCUUGAAAGAUCUAGAGAAGCAAUACAACAAAGAAGAGCCCCACUUAAGUGAAAUAGGGUCGUGCUUUCUUCAGCAUCAAGAAGGCUUUGCUAUCUACUCUGAGUAUUGUAAUAAUCAUCCCAGUGCCUGCAUUGAGCUCUCCAACCUAAUAAAACAGGGAAAGUACCGCCACUUCUUUGAGGCGUGUCGCCUCCUUCAACAAAUGAUUGACAUUGCCAUUGAUGGUUUUCUUCUCACGCCGGUUCAGAAAAUCUGUAAAUACCCCCUACAGCUUGCAGAGCUACUCAAGUACACCACUCACGAUCACAGUGAUUAUAACAAUAUAAAGGCAGCGUACGAAGCCAUGAAGAAUGUAGCCUGUCUGAUUAAUGAACGCAAACGAAGGCUAGAAAGUAUAGACAAAAUUGCCCGCUGGCAAGUGUCCAUUGUGAACUGGGAGGGGCAAGACAUCUUAGGCAGAAGCUCGGAAUUGAUCCACUCGGGAGAACUGACCAAAAUCUCCAAGCAAGGCAAGAGCCAGCAAAGGACUUUCUUUCUCUUUGACCACCAGCUUGUGUUCUGUAAGAAAGAUUUAUUGAGAAGGGACAUGCUGUACUACAAGGGCCGGAUGGAUAUGGACGAGAUGGAGGUGCUAGACAUUGAGGAUGGCAGAGACAAGGACUUCAAUACCAAUGUAAAAAAUGCUUUCAAAAUUGUAAAUCGUGCCACAGAAGAGGUUCAUCUGUUUUUUGGUAAAAAGGCAGGGGAUAAGAAAAGGUGGCUGGAGGCUUGUGCAAAUGAGAGGAGACGAGUGCAAGAAGACAAAGAAAUGGGAAUGGAGAUCUCGGAAAACCAAAAGAAACAAGCCAUGCAAAAUGCACGGAAGUCAAGACACGGAAAGAUUAAAGCUGUCGGCUACAGCGGGUGUCCUGUCCCGCCACCUCACCAGAGUUUACACCCUAUCCAUCAGCGUCACAUCACUGUGCCCACUAGCAUUCCACAACAGCAGGUCUUUGCCCUGGCAGAACCAAAACGGAAGCCGUCACUUUUCUGGCACACUUUUAACAAACUGACACCUUUCAAGAAAUGAAUGGCUAGAGGUCCGUGGACUAGAAGGACAUGUGGUAAAGGAGAACCAAUUGCCAGCAAAGAAUGUGUUGGUCCAGCUGGAAAACCAUGGAUUCUGCCCUGAAUGGAAGGAGUUAGGAUCCUCCUAACCUUCCACCAUAACCUUCGUUGAGAACGAUGAAGUACAGGUGGUUUAAUGAAGAAGACUGUGGUGUGAUCUGAAGCAAAUGUUGAUCUGCGUCAAUAAACGUUGCUGAUGAAGAACCUGCCACUUGGUCACAAGGGGAAAUUGCUGCUAUCCUAGAACAGUGGCGUAUGUUUAUCUUAUACUUGUACCAAAGGAAUGGUUAAAAUCUCUGGGUCAUUUUGCCUGUCUUAAUAAUGAAUUGAUGGCCAAAUUUAGAAAUAGGAAGGAAAGCAUUUUUUCCCCCUGCACAGCAUGUUGGCAAAGAGAAGUAUCAUCUUUUCUGUGAGCACCAAGUGGCUCUCAUGUGAUCAGGUUGCCGCUACUGCAAGAACUGCUGAACUUCAGUCCUUCCUGUUUGUCUUAGUUCGCUGUCUUUUUCUGUUAAUUUAACUAAACGGGAGUAGGACUUCCUGCAAGGCCUUAGCAUCUUCCCAGCAAAAUGGGAGGGCAUGUUAAUUUGGUGGCAUAAAUGAACACGCAUUUUUACAUGCUGUUGCAAAUAAUGAAGGACCCAAUGCAUCAUGAGAUAAUUCUUACCAAAAACAGUACUUUGCUGCAUGUAUUGUAUGCAUUUCAAGAAAUUGAUUUCAUUUUAUUUUGUUACCUGCAGCUUUUUAGCCUGUGAAAAUUGCCUCUGUGAUUUCCAGUAUGCCUACUUUUUACACUAUGAAAAGCUGAAGUGUUCUCUGUUUUAAUGGUGUUUUUGAUGGCACUAAUGUGACGGUACAAAGAAAAAGAAUCUGAGAGACUGUUAACUCAAAAGAGGUUUUUGUCACUAUCUUGUAAAUAUACUCAUUCUGACUGGUUUGUAUAACCCUUAGAAAAGGCUUCCAAAGGGUUUCCUAAAUGGUACUUAAUUGGGUUAUUCUUGCAUACAUCAGUGAAGUGAGAGAGUUGCUUAGCAAUUAAUUUCUUUGCAGUGAUGUCAAGAAGAUCCUACACCAAGAACCAUCUAGUAGCAUCAAAGAUGAACUUUGAUUAAAACUUAGGUCAAAUGUGGCCUAUUUAUGGAAUAUUAAAAUGAUAUCUCAUUUUGA